UAAAUAGUUGUAUCACAGAAUAUUAUCUGUGGUUAUAUGAAAAAUAUGAAAUAAAUAUUUUAUAUGACAAAUUAAUUAUGAAAGUUUAUACUUAUAUAUUAAACGUCAAUGAUUAUUACAUUUAUACCUAUUUAAAUAAAAAUAAAAGAUUAACACUUCAUUAAUUUACUUUUUUUUUUAGUAUUUAGGUAAAUAAUUUGUUUUCCAAAUACUAACAAAUCUUAAAAUUUAAUACCUACCUAGUUAUAUUGUUAUUUUUGAAUGUGUUUCGUAUAUUACAAUGCCAAGCAGCGUCAAUUCUUUCCGAUCGACAUCGUCUUUGACAUAUUUACCAUCACCAGUAACACAGCGAACAUGUAUGACUGCUGCUGUGAAACGCUACCGCUACUUGCGGAAAUUGUCGAACUUUAAACAAAUGGAUUUUGAGUUUGCACUAUGGCAAAUGACGUUUUUGUUUAUCAAUCCACAGAAAGUAUACCGAAACUUUCAACACAGAAAAGAAACAAAACUACAAUUUGCUCGCGAUGACCCUGCAUUUUUGGUGCUUUUAAGUGGACUUUUAUGUGUUUCAUCAAUAGCGUUUACUUACGUUCUAAGACUUGGUUUCAUUGAAUUUUUAAAAUUUCUAUUAUAUAUUGUAACAGUGGACUGUUUGUUAUCCGGUGUCGUAAUAAGUUCAGUGUUAUGGUUAGUAGCCAACAGAUAUUUAAUUAAGUCCAACUACAAAGGACAAGAUGUUGAAUGGGCUUAUGCAUUUGAUAUACAUUUAAAUGCUUUUGUGCCAACAUUAGUAAUAUCUCAUAUAUUUCAAUUGUUUUUCUAUCACAUAUUUCUCAGACAUGAUUGGUUCUUACCAUUAUUUAUUGGCAACACACUAUGGCUUAUAGCUAUUGGUUAUUACCUAUAUAUAACAUUUUUAGGAUACAGCUGCUUACCCAUCUUGCAAAAAACUGAAGUAUUGUUAACUCCAUUUAUUCUGCUAUUUUUUUUAUAUAUAUUGUCGUUUGCAAUAAAUUGGAAUAUAAGCGACAAUGUCAUGUCCAUAUACAAAUACAGAAUUUUAUAAAACUGAAAUAUAUUAUAUUGUAUUCUUUUUAAUUCUAUAAAAAAAUGUAUUUUUUCCAAUUAUAUGUUUAUAGAAAU